AUGAGUGCUGUCACGCGCACGUUACCUGCUUUCAGACCAUCAAACCAGCCGGACCGCCGACUCUCGACGUGCACGAAGUUGUUGACGACUCCCACCUACACUCUGCUAGUAAAACACAAGAACCACCGUGCGACUCUGCUUGCGAGAAUCCCACACCCAGAUUAGACAACGACGGCAAGAAACGAAAACGAGUACGCUGGUAUUGUCUUCAUGCUCAACUGGCGAGAAAAAUCUCAUCCCACCACAUAUCUGCAUCGUUCGGCAUGCGCUGGUUACUAGCUGGCGUCGACUACUCCCCCCUUCUACAUGUAUGCAUUCGUCCGUUGAGGUUGAGGAACGGUUGGUUCGAAAAAGCUCACCCUUCCUGGAACGCCCUUUGGUUGGUAGAGCUAAACCCGCCGUUCGAGAGCCUCCCCCACGCCCUCGCCUUCCUGCCGCAUUUGCAAACGACACUCUCGUGUGCGCCGAUUUUUACCACCGGGAGCGCAGCGAUAUCAUUCGCCGCGUGCAGCAGCGCCGGCGUGACCACCUGGCGUGGGACAUGAUGACGCCAGCAGGCAGGGGGGGGAUAGGUCGUCUGCGCAACAUCGUCCUAAUUUUCGCUUCGUCACGACAGACCGAGUCAAGUUGUGCUGCAGAACAGUGCAGUGCUACUGCUGAGUGCAAGCAUGCGGAGACAUGUAACAGAUGCAGUGCGUGUACCGUGCUGCUGCUUCCCACGGAUACUACCUGCCAUACCAUCGGAACUCGUGUACAUGCUCGUACAUGCUGCGUUCGCACAAUGUUGUUUGCAUCUCAAACUUUACCUGCUGCCCGCUGGAAUAUUCCCUUACAACGUGAGUAGGUGGCACACCGUAUUUCCUGAAGUAUGCUCAGGCACAAGAGCACAAGUUUGAGGGGGCAAACCAGACGUACACACAAAGAGCCACCUGGGCAAGGAAGUCCUCGUGCAGCCGUUCCUCGCCGAGCAGUUGCCCCUCGGACAGGUCGGAGCGUGUCGACUGCAUGUGGGCCUUGGUGUAGCGCCACAUGACGCGGUGAAGUAGGGUAUCAAGUACCUGCAAAUAGGGGCAGAAUCGGACGAAGAGGUUAUUAACGAUCACACUAACGUGUCUACUGAGCGUUGGUUGGCGGGCACCGUUGUACAGCCUAUAAAGUGAGUUGUAGACAAGAAUUCUCGUGCGUACGUAUAUUGAAACAGUGCCACAUGGCCUCUCCUUGUCAUCUGAUACUGGCACGGAACGUCGACGCGGAAGCAAGCAUGUUGUGACUAGGGGAGCACGGUCUUAUGA